AUGGCGAGCCGUUGCUCUGUCGCCGCUCUGAAACGCCGGUUCCCUCUUUUCGACACGUGGAGGCUGACAUCAUCACUCACCUCUUCCUCUUCCUCUUCCUCUUCCUCUUCACUGGCCGGCGAGCUCAAGAGCCAGAUUUCCAAGCUCAAAAGUCCGGGCCGGACCGCAACCGCCGUGGUUCAAGAUUGGGACACGUGGAGGCUGACGUCAUCACGCACCUCUUCCUCUUCCUUUUCACUGGUCGGCGAGCUCAAGAGCCAGAUUUCCAAGCUCAAAAGUCCGGGCCGGACCGCAACCGCCGUGGUUCAAGAUUGGGUCAGCCAAGGCCACAAGGUCUCCGUCCCCCAGCUCCGCCGCAUUUCCAUCCAGCUCUUGAAAUCCAAGCGCUUCGAUCACGCUCUUCAGGUGAUAAAAUGUAUAGAAAAUCAAAGAAAUUAUCGAAUGUCACCGGUGGAUCAUGUGAUAAGAUUAGAAUCAAUGAUUAGACAAGAUAAAAUGUUGGAAGCAGAAGAGUAUUUUGAGAAUUUGACUGAUACGGCGUCGCGUAAAGCGGCAUGUGUUGCUCUGCUACAUGGUUAUGUUAUGGCAAGGGACGUUGAAAAGGCAGAGGAGCUGAUGCAGAAGCUUGGAGGGUUGGGGCUGGUGGUGAGCUCUAAUUUGUAUAAUGAUAUGAUGAGGUUGUAUAUGGGGACGGGGCAGUUUGGGAAGGUGCCGCUUGUUAUAGAGAAGAUGAGGAGUAACAAGGUACCGCUAACUGUUCUGUCGUAUAAUCUUUGGAUGAAUGCAAAUGCGAAGCUGUCUGGGGUUGGUUCGGUUGAGGUGGUUUAUAAAGAAAUGGUGAGUGAUGAGAAUGUUCAGGUUGGAUGGAGCACUUUGUCAACUUUAGCUGGUAUUUAUAUGAAAGCAGGGCUUGUGGAGAAAGCCAAGUUGGCUUUGAGUAAUGCGGAAGAGAAGCUUUCUAACUGUAAUCGUCUUGGUUAUUUCUUCCUCAUUACACAGUAUACGUCGUUGAAGAGUAAAGAGGAUGUUCUACGGCUUUGGGGAGCUAGUAAGGGAGUAGCUGGGAGAAUUCCGAGUACUAAUUACAUGCAUAUAGUGUUGUCCCUGGUGAAGCUAGGUGAUAUUAUGGAAGCUGAGAGGAUUUUUAGGGAAUGGGAGUCCAAUUGCUUUAGAUAUGAUGUUCGAGUCUCUAAUGUCCUUCUAGGCGCAUACAUGCGGAAUGGAAUGGUGGAAAAGGCUGAGUCAUUACACAAGUACGCGUUGGAUAGAGGCGGUUGCCCGAAUUAUAAGACAUGGGAGAUCCUUAUGGAAGGAAGGCUGAAAAACCAAAACAUGGACGGAGCAGUUGAAGCAAUGAAACAAGGAUUUGCGAUGUUGCAAGACUGUCAUUGGAGGCCAUCAGAUGAUACUGUUAUGGCCUUUGCUGAUUAUUUCGAAAGGCAUGGGAAAUUUGAGGAUGCAAAUUGGUAUAUUAGAGUUAUUCAUAACUUGGGUUUUGCAAGUUUGCCAUUAUACAAAUCAUUGUUAAGAAUGCACAGUUCUGCUCAAAGGCCAGCCUCUCACAUCUUUAUGAUGAUGGAGAAGGACAGAAUUAAGUUGGAUGAUGAGACUUCUGCUCUUGUUGAUUCUCUCAAUGUUUAUGUGUAAGCAGAUGCAAGGACUCUCUGUGAAGUAUAAUUAAUGAUGGCUGCUUUUUGGGUCCUUUAAUCUUCCCCAAGACUAGCAGUCACUAGACAAGAUACUUCUUCAUUUGUGCAGAAACCAGGCAGAAAUGGUGGCAAAUUCUUCAACUUGAUCCUCCAGUCAAAAUCUUGUAAAAGCCUUUGUUGUGCUCCAGCAAUUUAUCUUGAGGUGGCAGGCUCUUUUAUAAUUGGAACUUCAAGGACUCUUCUGAACCAAGCAUCAAGCAGAGGCGUCGUCUCGGUAUCAAUUAGAUUUACUUCUGCAAUUUUCUCAACCAUUCUAGCCCAUACUCCAAUCCACCCUGCAGCUAUGUCCACGAAGCCUAUGCUUUCACCUCCAAAGAAAUGCUUUUCCUUUAGUCCACUUUCCAGAAUCUUGAGAUUUUCUCUAGCUUCUUUCGCAGCCUUCUCUUUCUCUUCCCCUUUCUCUGAGAAUGCACUCAUAACUGCUGGUACACACUGAAAUGAAGAAUGAUAUUAUACCUACCAAAGAUGUGAGAUUGGUUACUGUUCAUUCUGUCCUUUUCAGCAAUGUAUAAUUGCUUCGAUUGGUAUAAUUAUACCUCCAGCCUCCACCUGUCUUUUUCCUGUGGCACCAAGUCACCGACUUCAUCUAUCGGAGAGAGAUUUCAAGGUUCAGAGUGAGCGUGAGAUAAGGUAUAUAACAAAGCUGCGAGAACCCAGCCCUCCUCCGACCCACCAGCAUCCACCUCCACAACUGAAGGCCAAAGAAAUCCCAACAUCGCCGCAAUUAAAAUUGCAAAUCAGCAACAUUUUAAUCAAGCUGGUAAAAAUUUGUUCCAAGAAUUUUGUGCUUAUUUGCAU